AUGGCGGUCAAGAAAUACAAAAAAACUACACCUUUAACUGAAGAGGUGAUAGUGGAUAUAAUUAUCAAUUGGAGAUUAGGAGAGGAUUCAAACUCGGAUUUGGAUUCGGUUGACGAAGAACUGGGAGUAGUCAAGGCUGAAGCUUCGACCAAAACACCUCUAAAACAAGAUAAUAUUGCGCCAGAAGAAGUCGUGGUCUCGUGGAGUUAUAAAGAUUAUCGUGUGGCCAAAAAGAUAGAGAAUCAUUUAAUAAUUAUUCGAAGUGAUGCUUGGGUUGUACUACUGCCACCCUUGGGAAAUACUAUAAAUACUAUAAAAAAUGGUAAAAGUUAA